UUUUAUUGUGUACGUUUCCGUCAGAGGGUACAUCAAAUCAAAUUCUGCAGCGUGACCUACAUCGAGGUGAACGUCACCCCACUUGCUCGACUUGCACCCCCUGCGAAACUCCAUCGCAACAUUUCUUUAGGAAGCUUCUCGUCAGCCACACGGGACUAAAAAACGAGAACGUGAUAAUGAACGGAUGCGCUUUCCAAUGGCGAGCGGAGCGCUGCCGUACUUUCUCCAGACGUCCUUCCCUUUAAAUGGGUUAACGAGUCAAAGUUAUACAAGUUAUAUAAUAUAUAGGUCAACACGUGUGAGCCUGGCACGUGCAGCCCGCGAUCUUAUGUAAAGUCUCGUGCAAAGGUCUCAAAUUACACUAUGUAGGUGAGGGGCCGAGAUCGUCUAUACGGCACGCGACAUUCGCUCUGUUAUAUUUAUGUUUUGUUUUUUUUUUUCCUGCCUCGGCCCCUCGCCGGUUUCAAACAUAAACACGAUCACAUGAGAUAUUUCGCGUCUUCCUAUUUUACCUCCUGUUUAUCAUAAUAAGUUGAUCAAGCACGUUUUUAUUAUCAUCCUGGAUAAACGCGUAAAUUCACAUACAGUAUGCAUGAGGUACAUUUUACUUUGUGGUUUAUGUUUACAGUAUAGUGACAAUUAUUUGAUAGAAGGUAGGUCAGUAGGAGAUGUAGAUUUUGUAAAUUAAAUUUAAAGUACGACGGAAUUCAUGGGGGAGAGAACAAGGCUUAAAUUAAAAAAGAAGGGAAGAAGGAUGGGGGAUGUGGUGUAAGGUGUAAGGAAGGUUCAAAAGGAAAAGGGUGGAAAGGGGUAUGAAUGAAGUAAAGAAGAGAAGAGGAAGGAUAGAAUGAAGGUAGGAAAAUUGCUAGAAAGGGAAACAAGGAUGAUACGAAACAUGAUUUUUGACUGCAAACAAGGGCAAAGUGAGACCUCUUUCCGGACGCCAGGCUGAUUUCUAUGACGAGCUGGAGGCACGUAAACAAAGAUUCGUGGCGUGUCAGGUCACACAAAUGAAUUUGGAUAACUAAAUAAACUUUAUGAAACUUGGGUUAUUAUCAUUUUCGCAAAGGGACCGGUUUGGUAAAAAACAAAAAUAUAAACAAAAAAAAACAGCAACAACGAAAAUACGUGUAUUUUUAUAUUUGAAUUAAAUACAUCGAACGUUAAAAAAAUACAGGAAUAAUGUCAACUUGGGAACAGACUAUAAAACCAAUUAAUAAAUUUAAAAGUGUUAGCAUGUCAAAUCGUGCUCGAUGCGUGAUAUGGAUGGUCGGUUCGUGACGUCAUCACAAAGGCGGAAAUAAGAUGGAGAGGAAAAAAAUAAUAAAAUGGACGCCUUGCUCGUUUCCAGGGCUGUCCCGUCACUCACGUUUCUGGCUCCGUCGACCUCACCCCACACCCACUCCGCCUCCUUUGUUCAAAAAAAAAAAAAAACAAAAAAAAAAAAAACACGCACACACGAGAGGCAGUGGGAGGGGAAGACAAAAAUGAAGUCAAUUAUACAAGUCGCCGGCUUUUCGAGGCUCCCUCCUCUCUCGCCGGGCUCCUGCACAUGCGCCGCGGUGCGCCGUAAAACCUUCACCCGGACGUCGGCUCCUCUCGCUCGGCCAUGUCGGACCGAGCCUCCGGGGGGACCGCGGAUUGCUUGGCAGGUGCCAACGCGGAGGAGGAAGGGCUGAGCCAAGCGGGCGCUUCGCUGCCUGGCGCCGAGCUGCCAAAGAAGCGCAAGGGCGAUGUGGAGGAUACGAUGGACGCCCCCGUGGAGCAGGGGCUUGACUUCCUAAUGGACGAGGACCUCAGCAGAUCAGAAGAUGAUCAGCAAGCCAAAAUGAAAUGCUUCAGGCAGCCUCACCGGCAGAUUGAGAAGCGGCGGCGAGACAAAAUGAACAACCUCAUCGACGAGUUGGCCGCCAUGAUCCCCGCCUGUCAGCCCAUGGCCCGGAAACUGGACAAACUCACCGUGCUGCGAAAAGCCGUGCAGCACCUAAAGGCCCUGAAGGCCGGCUCGGGCAGCGCUUUCGCCGCCGCCGCCCGGAAGCCUUCCAUCCUGCCUCAUGAUGACCUCAAACACCUUUUGCUCAGGGUUGCGGACGGGUUCCUGUUAGUUGUGAGUUGCGACCGAGCAAAAAUUUUGUUUAUCUCCGAGUCUGUCUCCAAGAUCCUCAGCUUUAGCAGGGUGGAGCUGACGGGCCAAAGUCUGUUCGACUUCAUCCACCCCAAAGACAUCAGCAAGGUGAAGGAGCAGCUGUCGGCGUCAGAGCUGAACAACCACCAACGCCUCAUCGACGCCGCCACGGGCGUCCCCGUUCAAGCGGAGCCCCCCGUCACGACGUCGCACUUGUCCACCGGAGCCCGCCGCUCCUUCUUCUGCCGCAUGAAGCACAGUCGAGUGGAGGGAAAGCACAAGGACAAGCGCACGCUGCCCACUGCUUCCGUUAAGAAAGACUCAAGCAGAUACUGCACCCUCCACUGCACCGGAUACAUGCGCAGCUGGCCCAGGAGCGACCCGGACUCGGAAGCCGACGCCGAGAAGGACGCCUCGGGCCUCACCUGCCUGGUGACCAUGUGCCGCGUGCAGGCCCACGCGUCCCACCAGCCCCCCAAAGACGUCAAAACCAAGCCCACCGAGUUUGUGACUCGCUGUGCCAUCGACGGCAAGUUCACUUUUGUUGAGCAACAAGCGACGACCGUCAUCGGUUAUCUCCCGCAAGAAAUUUUGGGCACGUCUUGUUACGAGUACUUCCACCAGGACGACCUGCAGCACCUGGCAGAAAAACACAGGCAAGUUCUGCGCAGUAAAGAGAAGCUGGAAACAAAGUGUUACAAGUUCAAAACAAAAUUCGGCCCGUACGUGUCACUCCAAAGUCAGUGGUUUAGUUUCACAAACCCGUGGACCAAAGAAGCCGAGUUCAUCGUGUCGUCAAACCGAGUCGUAUCCAGGGGGCCCAGUCACGCGAAAGACGACGAAGCUGCAGGCAGCUCCAGAGGUCCCCAGGAGGAAUCCAAACAAUUGCACAUUAUUCCAGGCCUCACAAGCGGUGUGGGCAAAAUGAUGUACGCGGGCAGCCUCGGGACCCAAAUUGCAAAUGAACUCAUCGAUUCCUACAGGGCAAACUCAUCUCCGUCGAGUGGUGUGUCCAGCCCGUUUGGAGCGGCCCAGAGUGCACUAGAAUCCCCGCAGGCCAGCAGAAGUCUGUCUCAACAAGAAGAGGAAACGGGAAGUUUGUCGGAGUCGAAGACGGAGGCGGUCCCCAGCAUUUCGGAAAAUGCAGCAGGCGAGCCGUCCCAGCAGGACUUGGACAGCAUGCUGGUGCCGGGCCUGAGCAGCUUUAGCAGCGACGAGGCGGCCAUGGCGGUCAUCAUGAGUUUACUGGAGACGGACGUCAACAUGGGUCAGGCGGGGGACCUCGACGACUUACACUGGCCCUUCUGAGGCUCCCCCUCUCGCCUCGCUCCUCAAACCACCGCAAGGCCUCAAACACGUAGGGUUGGAGAAAAAAAAUAUCACGACUGUUUGACUUUUUCCUGAGGAGACGGAACUUGAAGUGAAUGUGUCUUCCGGUGGGAUUGAAAGACACAAAAUCAUUUUUUUUUUCCCCCUUUCUCUACCCUGACUUGACCAUGAGACGAAAUGGUGACUGAUGACCCGCAGUGCUGCUAGACAAGAAACUUAUGUUUAAAAAAAAAAAAAAAAAAAAUAUCACCAAAACAUGGACUUUAAAUUAUUUUUGCAUUCUUUGGUCGAACCGUUUGGCAUCAUGCAAAGAUGGACUUGAUGCCACAGGCCUUAAUUUCUCGCCCCCACACCAUCACCACCACUCUCCCCGUUAACUGCAAGUCCAUAUCCAAUCCCGAUGAAUUAAAAUGAUGAUUAGGGGAAAAAAAAAAAUAAUUGAAACUUUGACUGAACCUGGGGUCGCGUCAGGUUGCUAUUGUCAUUUCGGUUAUUUCUCAUUCUAACCCAAGCUAAUAAUUGUCAUAUCACCCCGUUACGGUAUAGACUUUGGAGAACAAAUGGGGGCCAUGAUAGUUAAAAAAAAAAAAGAAAAAAGAUGUUCGGGAUAUGACUUGAAUGCCCAAUCUGUAUUUUGGAAAAGACUAUGUUUACUUUUUGCCACAGAAGUUGCGCAGAACCGCAGUUUGAAAGGCACGUUUACGAUGCCUUCUGUGUUCCGGAUACUACUUUCCACGUAUUUAAUACUGUCUUGUCUGUAUGUUGCCGAAUGUCCCAAUACCACGACGGCCUUUUGUGAACGACAACGUCAGCCUAUCUCAAUAUUGCUACUGAGAAUAUGCAACAUGGUUCCGUGCACGGUUAUUUUUUAGAAGAGGUCACUUGAAAACCCGCUGCAAGUCGAGAAAAGUCCAAUCCAGUUCAAAUCAAGUUGCGUGGAGCACGUUGUGAGACGAAAAGACAUUUGGAGGGUGGGGAAGAAAAAAAAAUCAACAGGGGAGAUGAAAAAAAAAAAUUAUGUGAAAUCCUCGGCCUUCUUCUCGCGCGGGUUCGAUCACUGGGUCCUUUAAUCUUGAGAAACAUAAUGUGAUUGUGUUGCCUUUGUGUUUUUGAAUGUGUCAAAUCAACGAGGCUCUCUGUUUUUCAAAUCCGUCUUGAAAAGCCGCCGUCGGCUCCGAAGCCUCGACCACAAGAGAGCGCGUCUCGUUCGUUUGUACGUGCUGAUCGCUGUCGAUGUGUCUGCUGCCAGGAGCGGAGGUUCAAUUUGGAAGUAAAGUUCUUUCUUUUUUUGGAGGAUCUGACGUCUACAGGUGCUGCUUUAUUUUGUGAGGUUGCAAGUUCCCACAUGGCUACCAAAAAAAUGCCUCUAACACUUAAUACUGAUAUCUAAAGUCAAGACGCGCAGUAAGGCAAGUGAAGUUUUCUCAUUUUAGCCAACGCAAAACAGCAG